AUUCCAGGUGCAGGCAUACAAUCUGCUCUCCUGCACCAUGGACAUCGAUGAUCGUCCUAAGAAGAAGCGACGCUUCUUUGUCGACGAUCCGAUUGUCGAAGAUGAUCAACAUCCACAACCGCAGUCAAAUCCCUCAAGGCCUACCUCCGCCACCUCGUCAGUUCCCCUCGAGAACUCCAGCCAGACAGACCCCGUCGACAUUGAUGGCUUCCCGGAGAGUGAAACUCCGGCUUUUGAUGCCGACACCUUCUGUGCCUUUGUCGGCAAGGAUGUUGAAAAAGACAUUGUGGCAAAGAUUCAGGCUGCGGCGAAUGGCAAUCUCGAACGAGCCAUCAAUAUGUAUUUGGACGGGUCAUGGCAGAAUGCUCCUGUCGCGAUAACGACGCCUUCGAGAGGUGUCGAUGGCUGGCUUGCGUCAUCCAAGAAACCUCCGACGCCGCCAGUUGUUCGCCAGCAGACUGGAGACGCCAUAGCUCCACCGAAGCCGUCGCUUCUACAAUCAAUGCCAAAAGAGCGAUAUGUCGGUUCCUUCGGAGUAGGAGCCUGGAUGACCAAAAGUGGUACCAACCUCAUCACCCAUGGGGAAUCGGUCCGGAUCGAGAGAUCUAAAAUUGCACCAAAGACAAAAAUUGGCAGAGGCGGCAAAGUGGUGCCGAUUAUCGCUCGAAACCAGAAAGCAGAUGUAGUAACUCGAUUCACCAAUUCAAAGGGUGAAGAGCUCGGCCGCUUGCCAGAAGAGACUGCUAAGUGGGUUUCGGCUCUUCUAGACCAGCGAAUGUGUCGUUUUGAAGGAACAUGCGUCUAUGCUCCAGAUCGUGUUCGUGUCAAUGACACCGUCUUUGUCCAACUUCGUGCAUAUCUGCUGAAAUCAGCAUUCGAUUCCAACGCUUUCGUCAAACCCCAAGAUGAUAACCGGGCUACAGGCUUUUUUGAAGAAAGGGAGAGCACAGAAGAGAAGGAUCUCCGCCUUCGACAGGUCGCCUUAGUCAGGCUCUUCCAUGAGGUGAACCUGAACCCGACCACGACCAACGAAACAACGGCCAAGCACAAGAAAGAGGGCAUAUUAAAAGCCGCAGAGAUGGCCGAGCAAUAUGAUAAAGAUAGAGACACCAAAGGGAGGUCAGGGAUAUCCACCCCAACUUCAGAAGAAGAAGACGGCCAAGAGUUGGAAGAAGACCAGCUUGACACUCUAUAUCAAAAGGCACAGUCCUUUGAUUUUAACACACCGGAAGCUGAGCCUGCUUCCACAUUUGCUUUGGAUUUGCGAAAAUACCAGCGACAAGCUUUGCAUUGGAUGCUCUCCAAGGAGCUCGAACAAAAGUCGGAUAAGCAACAAUCCAUGCAUCCGCUGUGGGAAGAAUACACGUGGCCUGUCAAAGACGCUGACGACAAAGAUGUGCCCAUGGUUGCAGGCCAGGACAAGUUCUAUGUCAAUCUCUAUUCUGGUGAACUCAGCCUAGAUUUCCCUGUACAAGAGCAGAAUUGUCUAGGAGGAAUCCUCGCUGACGAGAUGGGGCUGGGCAAAACCAUUGAGAUGUACAGUCUAAUACAUUCCAACCGCUCUCAGAUUGAUCUUGAGACUCUUGGACAGACUACAACAAGUGUCAACCAGCUUCCUCGGUUGCCACAAUCAUCCACACAUGUCGAACCUGCUCCUUGCACCACGUUGGUUGUUGCACCGAUGUCUCUAUUGGCUCAAUGGGAAAGUGAAGCUAUCAAGUGCUCCAAGCCGGGUUCUUUGAGAACUCUGGUUUACUAUGGCACGGACAAAUCUGUCAAUUUACAGACUCUGUGCUCGACUGCAAAUGCCAGCUCUGCCCCCAAUGUCAUCAUCACAAGUUACGGCAUUGUGCUUUCAGAGUUUGGACAAGUCUCUGCAGCAGGUGGUGAACGUGGAUCCCACGGCGGUCUAUUCUCUGUCGACUUCCAUCGAGUGAUUUUGGACGAAGCUCACACCAUUAAAAACAGACAGGCGAAAACAUCCAAAGCUUGUUACGAGAUCAAAGCCAAGCAUCGUUGGGUUUUGACAGGUACUCCCAUCGUCAAUCGACUUGAAGAUCUGUUCAGUCUCGUCCGUUUUCUCAAAGUUGAACCGUGGAGCAACUUUUCCUUCUGGAAGACAUUCAUCACUGUCCCUUUUGAAUCCAAGGAAAUUGCACGUGCAUUGAAUGUCGUGCAAACCGUUCUUGAGCCACUGGUGCUUAGAAGAACAAAGGAUAUGAAGACGCCAGAAGGUGAGGCUCUUGUACCGCUUCCAACAAAGACUGUGACCAUUCAGGAAGUCGAGCUUUCACAAACUGAACGCGAGGUCUAUGACUUGAUCUUUACUCGCGCGAAACGGGCUUUCAACGAGUCGUUGCAGGCGGGAACGUUAUUGAAGUCGUACACUACAAUUUUCGCACAGAUCCUCCGUCUGAGGCAGUCCUGUUGUCAUCCUGUUCUCACUCGGAAUCAAGACAUUGUGGCUGCUGAGGAGGAAGUCGCCGCUGCUACUGCCGCUGAUGCGAAUGGGUUCGCUGACGACAUGGACCUCCAAGACUUGAUUGACCGUUUUACCAAGGACACUAACCUUGCCGAGCAUGAGAGUGCCCCAGAUCCCAUCACGACAUUCACUACCAACGCACUUCGUCAGAUUCAAGAUGACUCGGGAGGCGAAUGUACUCUGUGUUAUGAGGAGCCUAUGGUCAACCCUUUAGUGACGACUUGUUGGCAUACUGCAUGCAAGGAAUGUCUUGAAAAGUACAUCUCCCGGCAGAUCGACCAGGGCGAGAAGCCACUCUGUUUCCAGUGCCGAGAACAAAUCAAUCCUCGCGACGUGUUUGAGAUUGUUAAGCACAACAGCCCGUCACAAUCAUUUCAGUCUGAGGAGGACCUAUACUCAGCAGGUGAUGCCACUCCCAAAGUCACCAAGAUCUCUCUGCGAAGGACUCGGCCUUACUCACCCACCGCGUCCACGUCAGCCAAGAUAGCAGCAUUGCUCGCCAAUUUAAGUGCUCUCCCGAGGGGAACCAAAUCUGUGGUCUUCUCUCAAUUCACAUCGUUCCUUGAUUUGAUUUCGCCGCAACUGACCAAGCACGGGUUUGAACACUUGCGGUUUGACGGAACAAUGCCACAAAAAGUUCGAGCUCAAGUGAUUCGCGCAUUCAGUGCUGAGAACUCUUCCGAUCCCAAAGCUCCUCGAGUGCUACUCUUGUCUCUCCGAGCAGGCGGCGUGGGAUUGAACUUGACCGCGGCAAGUCGCUGCUACAUGAUGGACCCUUGGUGGAGUUUCGCGGUCGAAGCACAAGCCAUUGAUCGUGUCCAUCGUAUGGGCCAGACCGACAAGGUGGAAGUGGUCCGCUUUAUUACUAAAGAGAGUAUUGAAGGCAGGAUUCUCCGAAUUCAGGAACGCAAAAUGGCAGUAGCCGGCUCGCUCGGAGUUGGUCAGUCUGGUGCAGGCCAGUCAGAGGAUGAGAAGAAGAAGCGACGCAUCGAAGAGUUGGAGAUGCUGUUAGGCUGAACAAGGCACUCUGUUGCGAGGCUGCUUGCAUAUACUUUGUGUUUUCUGGUUACAUGUAUAGCGUUGGCAGAGAUCCACAGCAAUUACAUUGAUAUCCUCGUGUCGACAUCUCGCUAAUUGGAUCGAUUGGCCCACGCCUACCACGUUAGAUGCUACCUUUGUCAGCGAUAUGGACAGUCUAUGCCGUGAAAGGAGCAGCGGGCAGCUCUAGCAGCAAGCCCAGAGCAAGAUCAAAAGGGACACGCUCGGAAGAUAUUUUGUCUAGCCUCAGCAACGUCAUUCCGAACUUGUCUCAAGCUUCGAUAUGGCAAAGAGGGUGAGUGUACUAAAAGACUUUGUUUCCGGUGGAACGAUGUAUAAAACGUGUCUCACCAGUCAAGCUUGAGGUGGCGA